UUGUAUGAGCGGAUACUUCGAUGUCAAUGCAACUGCGUGCGCAAAAGCUCUUGGUGGGAGUUGCAGUGUCAAUAAAGAUUGUGCUGUCAAAUCCUCUCAUUGUUUUGAAAAAACUUGUCGAUGCAAUGGAGGCUACAUACAGUAUUCCGAGAGUCAAUGCGUAGCAAUGGAACUAGGGACACCUUGUUUUGACAAAAGCGCUUGCGAUCUGAUAAAAAACGCGCAUUGCUUUGAGAAUCAAUGCAGUUGCAAUUACAACCACGUUGAAACGAAUGCAUUCACAUGCGCUCCGGUGCUCAACGCCACCUGCUCUGAUGACCUGAAGUGCGCUCCCGAGAACUCGGUCUGCAUUGAUCAUAAGUGUCAAUGCGAGUUCAGUUACUUCCCGAAGUCCAACUACGAGUGUGUCUUACUGUACCUGAAACAGCAAUGCAGAAUUGACGAGGACUGCAUUGACAUCUCCUACGCAAAGUGUUCUGUCGCUGAAAAAUGCAUCUGCCAUAAGAAUUACAAGCGAACUGGCCCAAAAACUUGUUCGCCAACUUUGGGAGGUUACUGCACAAGCAACAGGGACUGUGUCACUGUCAAUUCAGAGUGUUACAGGAACCAAUGUCACUGUUCCGCAGAAUACACGCAGCGCUCUGAUGACCUCUGCUCAUCUGUGUUCCUGGAUCAGAAGUGCGAUAUUCACAAAGAUUGUAGUAAAAUAUUAGACGCUGAGUGUUUCAACAAAAAAUGUCAAUGCAGGCGAGGGUACACAAAGUUCGACGACCAGAAGUGCUUGCCCCUGAUUGGCACAAGCUGCACAGAACACAAAGAGUGUGCUGUCUACAAUUCUAAUUGCGUUGAAAAUACGUGUCAAUGCUUGGAGACUUAUGUUUCUUAUACUGAGUCACAGUGUUUGCCGACUGGCAUUGACGUUAUUUGCUACAGUAACGAUGACUGUGAAAUUCCGAAUACACUUUGUUCAAGGUUUCAAUUUUGCGUUUGUAAAAAAAAUUACAUCAGCAUGAACAGUAAAUUAUGUGUUAGUAUUCUGGAUGCGUAUUGUACUAUCAACGAAACCUGCACCACCCCUAAUUCUGGGUGCAUUAACAAUAAGUGUCAAUGCAGCCGAGGUUUUAUCCGAGGGCUGUACAAUGAUUGCUUAUCAGCCACGUUAGGCGGAGCCUGUGCAACAGAUCGUGAUUGUAAGAACAUAACAAAUGCAAUUUGCAUUGACGAGAAAUGUGCGUGCAAACCCGACACAUUUGCAUUGACCCUGUCAGCCUGUACCCACGUGUUGAACUCCACUUGCUCGUCUUCCGCCGAUUGCGGCAUCUUUGCGUCGCACUGCUUUGAGAAUAAAUGUCAAUGCAUUUCUGAUUGGGCGCCACUUACUGAUACGUCGUGUGCAAAACGUUCUACGUUGGUUUAUUGUGAAGAUGCACUUGAAUGUGGCGAGCCUUGGCAUUCAAAGUGUUUCCAGAACAGAUGUGUCUGCAACGUGAAGCAUAUUGCUGUCAGUGAACUGACUUGCUUGCCGACUCUGGGCGGAAAUUGCUGGAGAGAUGAUCAAUGCAUGACGGAUAACACACACUGCAUUGACUUUAGGUGUCAAUGCAAGCCCGGUUUCGUUUCUGUAGCUAUAAAUAUAUGUGUUGCAUUAUAAAUUAAUUUAAUAAAAAUUUUGAAACUUGAAAAAUAAAAAUUA